AUGAGGAGCACGACACUUCUUCAUGUGCUCUGGGCUUUCGCUUUUCUGAGCUGUGCAGCUUCGACAUUGUUAGAAGGGAGAGAUGACCUAACUCUCGCCAUUCUGAAGCCCGACAUUAUGGGGAGUAACUUCUGGACGGGCUUGUCCAAUGACAUCCGAGCAGCCGGAUUCCAGGUCGUGCAUGAGAAGCACUUCUUCUUUGACGAGCCUUUAGCAGAGACAUUUUAUGCAGAGCACAAGGGAAAGAAGUUCUAUCAGGGUCUGAUCAACUUCAUGCUAAGACUGGAAGCCACCUCCAAGUAA